GUUGUAACGUUAUUCUGAAGCAUUAAAAUUUAUUUGUCCAUGGCGUUUAUUCGAAUUAAAGAAGGGCUCUCUGUGAAUGCAUCGACAAUAAUGGAAGAAAGCUGGAAAAGCACAUUUAAAUCGUCAGAUAAGAAACUAGAAUUAGAGCUAGAUCCAAAUGUGCCUUUGGUCAGAUUUGUGUUAUGAGCUUUUAACUGAUCCCUAUAUUUUCAAACCAUUCAUUCUGACUUUAGAUUAGAAGAAUUAUUAGAUGUUGUGAUGGAUAUAUUAUUGGAUAGCGUGUGAGGAGGUUUGGAUGAGUAAAGAGGGAAAGACUCCUUUGCCUGCAGUGGGAGGGCUGACGAGCAGGCAGCGUGACAUCAGAGGACCCACGUCUGGACGUGACACCGAAGGACUGCUGGCUAUGGGAGCAGCAAUGGGACCGUUACUGCUUUGGCUCCAGGAUGUGGCAGCAGUAACUCUGCUGAGAGCUCGCAGGACGCUUCUUAGGGCUGCCAUCCUGUUCUGUGUCCUGGUGCUUCUUCUGUGGGUCUCAAUGUUCCUGUAUGGAAGCUUCUACUAUUCCUACAUGCCCAGUGUCAGCUUCUCCACACCAGUACACUUUUAUUACAGGACAGAUUGCGAUGCUUCAGAUUCAGUCCUCUGUUCUUUCCCCAUGGCUAAUGUCUCACUCUUGAAGAAUGGAAGAAACCAGGUGAUGAUGCCUGGUCAGGCCUACAGGAUCUCUCUGGAGCUGGAAAUGCCUGAAUCUCCAGUUAACGCACAGCUUGGCAUGUUCAUGGUUAAAAUGUUUUGCUAUACCACUGAUGGGACCGUCGUUCAGUCGGUGUCCCGCUCUACAAUGCUGCACUACCGUUCUAAUCUGCUGCAGACCAUGAGCACGCUGCUGUUCUCACCCCUCCUGCUCACAGGUGUGUCUGAGCAGAAACAGCUCAUCGAGGUGGAGUUCUUUCCAGAUUUCAAAUCCGACCUAUACCAGCCUGCCGUUGGCGCUGUGAUUGAGAUUCAGUCCCGCAGGGUCCAGAUUUAUUCUACCCAGCUCAGGAUCCAUGCCUUCUUCACUGGCAUUAGAUACCUCCUGCAUAAUUUCCCUGUGAUGUCUGCAAUUGUUGGGGUGGCGAGUAACUUCACCUUCCUCAGUGUCAUUGUGCUUUUCAGUUACUUGCAGUUCAUCUGGGGAGGGCUCUAUCCCCCCGAGCAGGUCAGAGUGAAGGUGAUGAUGGGAGACUCGACGCGUCUUCAGCAGAGGAGGGUAGAAGCACGGAAAAGCAUGCACUCAUCUGCCAGCACUCCUAUCAUGAAGUAUGGAGGAGAUAACAGUGAACUGGCAGAUCCACCACAACGAACCAGUCGAAACAAAGGUGAGUUAGACACUCCUAGUGCGAUUGGGACAGAGGAUCAUCUGCAGGAGGAUGAAGCUGCUCAGGACUCCUCUAUAGAUGAAGGUCCCAUUUUCCUUAAGGCUCCUCAUAUUGCAGAGACCAGUUUGAGUGAGGAGGACCCUGAUCAUGAGCAGAGGGCAGCAGGAAUGGGAAAUGGGACUCAAGAUGAAGAAACCACCCAAGCGCAGUCCUCAGACUGCGAGGCAAGGCUUAGACAAAGGCAUGGACCCUGGAUGAGGCUCUGAGCUUAAAACACUGGAGCCACCAUAAACG